CUGUAUCUUUCUCAGUGUAGAUUCUGAAAAAAAAAUCCUUAGCAAAAACAGCCAAAAUGUGUCGAGUGUAAAUGGUUGCCCGACGAAGACGCGUGGACGUUUUUAACCGCUGUCUUUAUUAUAACGCCGACUGCGAUGCACGGUGUCAUUAAGAAACCAGAACACGAACGUUGUCGUUUGCAGUGCGGGAUCUGAAGUAAUUAGCGUUGCUUAUGAAGCAAAUGUACUAGAAAUUCGCCGAGUAGCGUUUGGCAUCACAUCCGUGGGAUUUAAUCGACGCGUCAAUGUAAAUUCGAGUAUUUGUAAGGUAAAAUUUGGACUGUGGGGGACACUGCCCCGGUCUAUAGCACAUAGACUGAAACGUCAUCAACAUUUUCCUGUAUUUAAAUGGCUGAGCGAGAGGAGGUCAUUGCUGAAAUAAGGAAGAACGCCGGGUAUUAAGAGAAACUGAGGGAAUUACGCACAAGUGAAGAUUUACUCGAUUAAGCUACAUAAAUGGGGGAUUACGGCUUUCUGGUUAAAAACAACGCUGCUAACAAAUCAGUUUUUCCAGUAAGAAUACAUCCACACCUGCAGCAUACGGUCCACCACCAGACCGCUCCUCCAAGCCCUCCAGCUUUCAUCAGCAACAACAACACUACUACCAAUGGUGGAAGUGUUGGAUCCGCUUGGCUUUUCCCAGCUGUGACGACCAACUCUAACAUGCAAGAUGAUAUUUUGGAGUCUGAGACGUCCAAGGCUUCGCAGCCGCAACUGGAAAGUCAGGAUGGACAAGACAAGCAAGCACUCUCUCCACCAGGUCACCAAGAAGCGCCAGGAAUAAUAUCAGAUUUGGACAACGCCAUGCCGGAGGAGAAUCAGCUGGAGAAAGGGACCAUGGAGAAUGCUAACGGAAAAGAGGCGCUGCGGCUCGAGUCUCCUGUGUUAUCAGGCUUUGACUAUCAUGAGACGUCCGGUAUUGGUACUUUAGCACAGUCCAGUAGCUCCUCUUCCUCGUCCCUCACUGGCUUCAGCAGCUGGUCCACUGCUAUGCCGCCUAACCCCUCCACCUUGAUUGAAGAGGUUGGCUUUUUCAACCAGGCCGCUACUACUAACAAUGCUCCUCCUCCGCUGCUAUUUCAGAGUUUCUCUCAUCACACCAAUACAGGUUUCGGGGGGAAUUUCUCCCACCAGAUAGGGCCUCUAUCUCAGCACCAUCCAUCUCAUCAUCCCCACUUCCAGCACCCUCAUAAUCAGCACCGCAGGUCCUCACCCAGCCCCCAUCCGCCUCCCUUUUCCCACCGCAGUGCUGCUUUCAACCAGUUGCCCCAUUUAGGGAAUAACCUGAGCAAGCCCCCAUCACCUUGGGGAAGCUAUCAGAGCCCUUCUUCCACUCCAUCUUCAACUUCAUGGAGCCCCGGUGGAGGGUACGGAGGCUGGGGAAGCUCUCAGGGACGGGAGUAUCGAAGAGGCCUGAAUGGAGGGGUCAAUCCCCUCAAUUCGAUUUCGCCUUUAAAGAAGUCUUUCCCAAAUAACCAGACACCUACUCAAAAGUAUCCCCGCAACAAUUCCGGCUUCAACACUAAACCCUGGAUGGAGGAUACCAUAAAUCGCAACGAUAGCCUCUUUCCAUUUCAGGAGCGCAGUCGGUCCUUUGAUGGUUUCAGCAUGCACUCUCUAGAGAACUCUCUGAUCGACAUCAUGAGAGCCGAGCAGGAUUCCUUGAAAGCAAGGAAUUACGGGAGGCGACGAGGUCACUCAUCGUUGUUUCCCAUGGAGGAUGAGCGGAGUUACGGAGAGGAUGAGAGGUCUGAUCAGAGUCUGAGUGGACUGGGCUCACCGCACAGUUUCCCACACCAGAAUGGUGAACGCAUUGAGCGUUAUUCCCGCAAGGUCUUUGUUGGUGGUCUACCUCCAGACAUAGAUGAAGAUGAAAUCACUGCCAGUUUCCGACGCUUUGGACAUUUGUUUGUGGACUGGCCACACAAAGCAGAAAGCAAAUCUUAUUUUCCACCGAAAGGUUAUGCUUUCCUCCUGUUUCAAGACGAGAGCUCAGUCCAAGCACUGAUUGAUGCCUGUAUGGAAGAGGAUGGGAAGCUCUAUCUCUGUGUCUCUAGCCCUACGAUCAAAGACAAACCAGUCCAGAUACGACCCUGGAAUUUGAACGACAGUGACUUUGUGAUGGAUGGCUCUCAGCCCCUUGACCCCAGGAAAACUAUCUUUGUCGGGGGAGUUCCACGACCUCUACGAGCCGUGGAGCUCGCAAUGAUAAUGGACCGACUGUACGGCGGGGUGUGUUAUGCUGGCAUUGACACUGACCCUGAGCUGAAGUAUCCUAAAGGAGCUGGACGGGUGGCCUUCUCCAAUCAACAGAGCUACAUUGCUGCUAUCAGCGCUCGCUUUGUGCAACUGCAACACGGAGAGAUCGAUAAACGGGUGGAAGUGAAGCCAUAUGUACUGGAUGACCAGCUGUGUGAUGAGUGUCAGGGCACGCGUUGUGGAGGCAAGUUUGCUCCGUUCUUCUGCGCUAAUGUCACUUGUCUUCAGUACUACUGUGAAUACUGCUGGGCAGCCAUUCACUCGCGUGCCGGACGGGAGUUUCACAAGCCUCUAGUGAAGGAGGGAGGAGACCGGCCUCGCCACAUCUCCUUCCGCUGGAACUGAUCUGGGAGGCCAAGGCUGUGCUAUUCGUAUACAUGCACUUUUCAUUUUGCUAAGUCCUUUUUAUUUCGAGUUCUUUUUUAAGUCUAAAAUUGUAUUUAUUCUUAAGUUUUUAAUUAUUAUUAUUUUUUUUUGCAGAAGAGAAUGCUAAAAGAAAAUGGUGUAAUCCUGAUUUUUUUUUUUUGUUUUGUUGAAAAGCUACAUUGGUGCGCAUGAAGACUUGAAUGCAUUAGAUUUAAAAAAAAGAAAUAUAUAUAUAUAUAUAUAUAUCUAUAUAUAUAGUUGUUUAGCCUGACUUGAAUUACUGUUCUAUCUUUAUUCUCUUGGAGCGUCAUCUUCUGUUUGUAAUGGGUCACAUUUUCGCUUGAAUCUGUUGAAGGCUAAACACAGAGGCUAACAAUGUAAGGGUUCAAGCCUCAUUUAUAUGACUAAUGACUUAAUGUUGAGGUUUGCUAUUUCACUGACUAAUCUUAACUGGUUGCAUGGCAAAUGUGGAAUCAUAGUUACUCCUUUCAAAUGCACAGUAACAACUAACAAGAGGCCGCAACCUAUUCUGAAAUGGAUUAUAUGGACUGGUUCUCAUGUGUAAGGCAAAUCUUUGUGAUUUAGCCAAAAAAGAAAAAAAAAAAAGAAAAAGAUGUUGUAGUAAUUAAAAUCCUUUAGAGUAACCCAUUCUGUAAAGAUUACUAUUAAACUACAUCCACGUUACCUAUUACUUAAUCAAAUCAAGCAUAAGGCUAAAGGGCAACAACUAAGAACAGCAGAGAUGCGAUGAUAAUUCAGUUUGUUGUGCUUGAUGCACAGGUAUUUGGUCAGGCAAACCAAAGAUGAGCCUUAGAGAUGUCCUACUGUCUAUGAUACAAUGACUAGAAAGCUUAAAAUGCAUAAUUGGUUUAAUGGAUUUAAGAAAAUAAUGAAUUCUACUCACUUAAGUGUUUAUGAUUCUUGUAAUGGUUAUGGCAGUAACUUUGGCUCAUUUGUCAGGGAUUUUGUGCUAAAAGCUAACUCAAUGUUGUAGUAUUUGCUAAUGAGGAAUUACCAUGUUUUGCAUUGAUAGUGUUUUACUGCAUGGGUUUUGCCAUGGGUUAAUUGGUGUUCUAACUGAGCAUUGCAGUAGCUGAGCACAUUUCAAAGAAUUUGAAAAACAAAUAUUAUUUUUUACAUGGUCUGCUGAUUUUUGUACUGUGUUUUAUAGCUGAUUAUUUUGUCAUGGACGUAAAACCAUUAUGCACUACUUUUCUAAAUAUUGUUUUUCAAGUCACUUUUUUCCACAAAUGGAAAGUCCUUUUGUGAUAACUUUUUUUUUUUUUUCACUUGUUGAAUAUAGAUUUUGUACUUUUUGUUACUAUGAGAUCUGGUUAUGAUGCAGGAAAAGAAAAAAGCUAAUAUAAUUUUGUUUAGGUUAUAAAAUCCCUAGAUUGUCACACACACACACACACACACAUAUAUAAAUAUAUAUUUAGGUGACUGUAUUGUUCAAACUAAUAUCUAAUAUUUGCAAAAUGCGAACAGUGUUCUUUUCUAUCUUAAUGGACAAAGUAAAUAUUGAAUCUAGCAUGACACAAAUUCCUUAAAAUGUGUGGUACAUGUAUAAAUAUAUACCUAUCUAGUACCUGCCCUUUAUCGGUUAUGAGAAUGAUGAUACCGCCCUCAUUAUUGGCUGUAGAAAAGAAAAUAAUUAACCAUGUAAAUUAGAGAAAUAUUAGGAUGCAAUGUGUAUCACAAUGAUGAAUGUUCCAUAUUGAAAUAUCAAUGUUUACUGUUAUGUAUAAUUCUGAGAGGCAUCAAGGUUAAUUUAUUCAUUAGGUAUGCAUGAGCUAAAUUUAAGAAGUUAAGGUUUAAUUAUUUUCUUUUUCUUUAAUAGUGGGGUUUUUUUUUCAACCUUUUCCCGGGGGAAACCACUCUGAGUUAUGUACCUAAACAAACCGUGCAUACCCCGUUUUUACUUGUUGACAAAAUGAAGCAUACAAGAGGGUGAUUUAGUCAUAAAUUGAUUCAGGGUUUACUUGAAUACACUUUCAGAAUAUUGACAGUGAGAUCUGUGCAAUACGUUUUCCCAGAGACCUUUACAUUGUAUUUCUAAUAUAACUACUUAUGUGCGAAUCCACCACUUUCAACAUGCAUCACCUCACAAACUCUCCUUCAGCUGUUAUAACCUUUAUUAUUCUCUGAUUUAUACAGUAAAAAAAAAAAAACCACUGAAAUUAUAGGUGUUUUUACUUUUACGUAUUCACAUAUUUUCCUACUUGAGUUCAUGCUACUGUGACAAUGUAAAUACUAAGUGAAUAAUGUUUCAACCAUUUACUGAUAUAUUUUUAAUUGGAAUGUAAUAAUUGUCAUUUUGAUUAUAGUUUUUGAUCAGUACACUUAUUAGAUUUUCUAGUUUUAAUAAUCACUAUAUUGUGCUUCAUGCCUACAGAAGGAUAAGAAAAAAAUAUCAGAAAAUUGUCUAUGUAACUGCUUAUUUAAAUUUACAUAGUUUAUAACUGUAUGGGAAGGUGUAUUUAUCAAUAGAUUUUUAUAAGAGGAACAAUUUUUUUGCUAUGUCAUUUAAAAGUUUUAAUUUUUAUAUUUUACAUCCACAUGGAGUUAUGUAAAGAAAAAAAGUAUCAUUUAGACAUACAUGUGCUUUGGUAGUUGAGUCUUGAUUAUUUGCGGUUAAAUAUUUAUAACAGAAUGCUUAAAGUAUUUGUAAUGUGAAAUGUUGAAUGAAUAAACUUGAUUGCAGGAAA